AAAGUCGCGAAAAAUAAAACCCGGCCCACGAACGCGUACAUCUUCACGGCGGUGUGAAGGGAAUAGCGGAGUCGGGGGAAGGCGGCUGUGAGAGAAGAGAAAAAUCGAUCUCACAGACGCAGGCAGCGUCUCUUUCUCAAAAUCGCCGGAAACUGCAAACGAAGUAAGUAAUUUAUUGCGGCAGUGAGUGAUUAGGAAGAACCCUAACAAUAACAAUGGGGAAGAAACAGCACAGCAAAGAUAGAAUGUUCAUCACCAAAACCGAAUGGGCAACGGAAUGGGGUGGCGCUAAAUCCAAACAAACUCGCACCCCUUUCAAACGUCUUCCUUUCUAUUGCUGCGCGCUUACGUUUACGCCGUUUGAGUAUCCGGUUUGCACAGCUGAUGGCAGUGUUUUCGAUGUUAUGAAUAUAACUCCCUAUAUUAUUAAGUAUGGUAAAAAUCCUGUCACUGGAGCUCCUCUCAAGCAGCAGGAUCUCAUUCCACUAACUUUCCACAAGAAUUCAGAAGGAGAAUAUCAUUGUCCAGUGCUAAACAAAGUUUUCACUGAAUUUACACAUAUUGUGGCAGUGAAGACCACAGGAAAUGUGUUCUGCUAUGAGGCCGUUAAAGAGUUAAACAUUAAGACGAAAAACUGGAAGGAACUCCUCACUGAUGAGCCAUUCACUAAGGAUGACCUUAUAACAAUUCAGAAUCCUAAUGCGCUUGACAGCAAGGUUCUUCUGGAUUUUGAUCAUGUUAAAAAUAGUUUUAAAGUUGAUGAUGAAGAACUGCAGAAAAUGAGUUCAGAUCCAACCUAUAACAUAAAUAUGUCCGGUGAUAUCAAGCAAAUGCUUCAAGAGCUUGGAACUGAGAAAGGAAAGGAAACUGCACUGCAUGGUGGAGGUGGUGGCAAGGCACAGAAAGAAAGGGCUGCUGCACUUGCUGCCAUCUUAGCUGCUAGGUCACAGGUUAAAGAAGAUUCCAAAUCAAAUUCAAAUGAAGAGGCCAAAGCUCUUCAGAUAUUUAGUAUUGUGGAUGCUGCAUCUGCUUCAGUACAUGGCAGAAGUGCAGCUGCUGCUAAAGCCUCAUCAGGUGAUAAAACUGCAGCUAGAAUAGCUAUGCAUAUGGCUGGUGACAGAGCGCCAGUGAAUGCAAAGAUGGUAAAAAGUCGUUUCACAACUGGUGCUGCUUCCCGGUCUUUCACUUCAACAUCAUAUGAUCCAGUUACAAAAAAUGAAUUUGAAUAUGUGAAAGUUGAGAAGAAUCCAAAAAAGAAGGGAUAUGUACAACUGCAUACAACACACGGUGAUUUAAACAUUGAGCUACAUUGUGAUAUAACACCCAGGACAUGUGAGAACUUCAUCACCCUUUGUGAACGUGGUUAUUAUAAUGGAGUUGCUUUUCAUAGAAACAUCAGGAAUUUUAUGAUACAGGGUGGUGAUCCUACUGGUACUGGUCGAGGAGGUGAAUCAAUAUGGGGAAAGCCUUUCAAGGAUGAACUUAACUCUAAAUUAAUUCACUCUGGAAGGGGUGUAGUCAGCAUGGCAAACAGUGGCCCACACACUAAUGGUUCCCAAUUUUUCAUCUUAUACAAGUCUGCAACUCAUUUAAACUUCAAACACACAGUUUUUGGAGUAGUUGUCGGUGGCUUGACUACACUGGCAGCAAUGGAAAAGGUUCCUGUUGAUGAUAAUGACCGACCUCUGGAGGAGAUCAAGAUAACCAGUGUCACAGUUUUUGUCAAUCCUUACUUAGAACCAGAUGAAGAAGAAGAGCAGGCUAAUGCCAAAGAUAAGAAUGCAGCGGAUGAAGAUAAUGAAAAGGUUGGCUCAUGGUAUACCAAUCCUGGCGCUGGAACAUCUGAAUCUGGAGGUACGGGGGUUGGUAGUGGUGUAGGCAAGUACUUGAAAGCUAGGAAUACACAAGCUACAUCUGCUACUGUUGACACCAGUACAGCCGUUGUAGGAAAGAAAAGAAAAGUGGGAGUUGUCAGCGGUGAAUUUAAAGAUUUUUCUGCAUGGUAACACUUCCAAUUUCGUACAAUUUGUAAAAAAAAUGUAACUUUUCUUGUAGCAAUUAUCAUUGCAUUGGGAAAAUUGACAGAAUAGUGAGAAAAAAAUUUUUGCACGCUAUUCAGAAUUUGUACAAUACAGUUCAUUGGGUGAGAAUAGAAUCAUUUUGUCUCGAGUGUGCAUUCCCUCUCUCCCACAGGUUGCCCUCAUGUUCCAUUGCUGCAUUAUCAGAAGUUCUUAAUUUGCUUAUGGAUUUGAUAGGUGGAUGGGCUUUCCAGAUAGCAUUAGAAAUUAAAUUAUGAUAUUCAUGCACUUGGUGUAUAUAUUGGUUAACUAGAGGAGUAAUAAAAGAAGAGAAAAGAGUGGAACAUGUGAUAGAAAAUGAAAUAUGACAGAAAUGAAAAAAUAUGGUGGAAAAUAUGUUGAAAUGCUGAAUUUUGUACGGGUAUCAUAAAAUUCUAAGAAAUUUUACAACUCUAUUCCACUGCA